GAUCGCGACAGAGGCGACAGAAAUUCCCCCCCGGACCCCCCCGCUGUCGCGACAGCUGUGCCCAUGCCUCGCCGCCUGCUCUCUCUCCUCCUGGCCCCCACGCGUUUCCUGCUGUCCCUUCGGGCUCUCCUGGCCCGGGGUGGCCUCGCGGUGGCCGCGGUGGCCUCGGGCGCGGCCUUCGCGCUCUGGGCGCUGGCGCUGCUGCUGCGCCGGGGGCCCCGCGCCGCCCUGGGCCGGCAGCGCCGGGACGCGGCCCCGCCCGGGCUCAGCGACGGCGCCUUCGGGGAGCACCGGCACCUGCGCCUCGGGAGCUCGGGGCUGCGCCUCCAUUACGUCACUCGGGGUCCCCCCGGUGCCCCCCUGAUGCUGCUGCUCCACGGCUUCCCCCAGAACUGGUUCUGCUGGCGCCACCUGAUGCAGGAGUUCAGCGCCCGGUUCCGGGUGGUGGCCCUGGACCUGCGCGGCUACGGGGACUCGGAGAAGCCACCGGGCAGGGACAGCUACCGGCUGGAGCUGCUCCUCGGGGACAUCCGCGACGUCAUCGAGGCCCUGGGGACGCCGGCGGCCGCCCCGCGCUGCGUCCUGGUGGGGCACGACUGGGGAGGGGUCCUGGCCUGGGAGGUGGCCUCGAGCCACCCCCGGCUGGUGGAGAAGCUGGUGGUGAUGGACGCGCCCCACAGGGGCGUGAUGGCAGGUGACAGGGGGGACAGCGGGGACACAAGGGGACAGAGGGGACAGCGGGGACACAAGGGGGUCCUUCACCGCCGUCACCCGUCGCAGCUGCUCCGUUCCUGUUACAUGUUCCUGUUCCAGCUGCCCUGGCUGCCCGAGCUGCUGCUGUCCCUGGCCGACUUCCAGCUGGUGCGGUGGUUCCUGACCAGCGCCCAGACCGGCAUCCAGGACCCGGCCCGGCGCCUCUCGGAGCAGGAGCUCGACUCGUACCUGUUCGGCCUCGCCCAGCCCGGGGGGCUCAGCCCCCCCAUCCACUACUACCGCAAACCUCUUCCGGUGGGCGGGGCCGCCCCAUUGGGUGACCCCGCCUGGGGGGCCACGCCCAUCCCCCGGGAGCCGCCCCCUCCCCCCACGCUGCUGCUCUGGGGCUCCCGCGACGCCUUCCUGGACCCGCGCCUUGGCCCCGCCCACAUGCGCUGGCUCCGCCCCUCCGCCCGCCUCCGCCUCCUGCCCGGCGCCUCCCAUUGGCUGCCCGAGGAGAGGCCCCGCCCCCUGGCCAAGCUGAUUGGAGAGUUCCUGGGGGGAGGGGCCGAGGAGGGGUCGUAG